GACCCUUCCAGACCUCACAUGUGCUAGAGCGUCCGUGCAGUACGCACCUGCCUGCUUAUCUCCCAGCCGAGUCGCGCGUCGUUAGCCUGUGUGCGUUUGCUUCUCGUGUAAUUGUUUGCAAAAGGCUUUCUCCAUGUGGAUUUUAUCUUCCUCCAGGACGUGAAUUUGCGCUAUUAAGCAAUCAGUGUUCACCGCUGCAGUGACUGAGUUCCUUGGGAUAAGAGUGCCAUAUUAGUUUGUUAACAAGCCGAAACGAAGGGCUGUACAGCUGGAACCGACGAGACAAAACGUACAGGAAUUUCCCUACCGUAGAUUUAGGACCACGGUUCCCAAAACGUUUACCUGACAGCGCUCCAUAAAUCAAUUGGAUUUUAGUCCACUAAUUGCUUUGGUGUGUGUGAGAUUGAAAAGAAAAACAGAGGCAAUCAUGAAUCGAGUGCUGUGCUUGCUGGCGGCGGUGUGGGUGUUUGCCUUCAUCAGCUGCGUCGAAGGACAAGAAGGACUUAUACGAUACGUCCGCGCGGAUGAGCUCAGAGAUUACAGCGGGCGUUGCUUUGACGCGGAAAGGUGCUCUCUUAGAGACCAGGGGGAAACUUGGACCAUAGAUCACACCUGUGAAAGGGCCACCUGCUACGUCGCAUCCAACGGCACUCUCUUGGAGAAGCGCACCAGAUGCGCCGAGCCUCCCAAACUGGACAGCGAGGACUGCUACAUCGUGCGAGUCGAGGGAAAGCCUUACCCAGAAUGCUGUUCGAAGCUCUACUGCAAAGGGAGAGAAGUGUCUUUCUCUUACCUCGAGAAAAAAUAAUGAGUCUUCAAAGUAGUAGGUCUUUAGAUUUAAUACAAAUCUUUUAACAUUUUCUCUUCUGCCUUUUUUAUCACUUGAUUUUAUCUACUUUUCUUGUCGUCUCUCAAUCCUCCGUUUUCGUACCUCUAAAAUAUGUUUGUUUAUCCUUUUCGAAAUAUUUACGGUGAUCAGAUCUGUCAAUCAGUAGCAUUUAAUUACGGAGAAGAUCAUUUUGUGACUCACUAGACCCCUGUAGUCUCUCGUAAAAUCACAAGACAGGUUUUGCGAAUUGUACGUUCAUCCUUCAAUUUAAUUUUGCUGCUGGUAAUGAAUUCACAAUUUCUUUUUCAAAAUAAUUACUGAAAUUACCUUUUAACAGAAAUACUUUUAAGUAACGAUUCUUCAGAUAAUUUUUUUGUUAUGUUUGUUUCCUUUGUUCCUCUUCUCAGUUAGAUACCAUUUUUGACAGGAUAAUGAGCAAAGGUUUAACUCACAACACCGUUAAGUAAAAAGCAAUAAAAGCUCACUACCUAUGAAUCAGGAUCCUGAAAAAAUAUGACCAAGUUCGUGUACAUUUGUGUAAAUAAAGAUAAACUGUAAUAAGAUUCAGGGUGUCCCGUCUCACUAUAAAUCUGUAUUACACUGUCUGGGGUAUCUGGGGUAUCUUGUAGUCACAGAAUGACAAACGUCAACGAUCAUUUUUUUUAAACACGAUAAAACAAUGCUUAAAUUUCUGUAACAUUAUUUCUGCUGUUGUAAGUUGGGACUUUUCCGUAAUUAAAAACUAUUAUUUAAAAAUCAAACUUUUUUUUUUUAAGGUGGUGAACUGAAACAGGGAGAGAGUUUGAAAUCGCAGCCAGUUCUUAGUUUCCUUGUAAUUCGUCGAUGUCCUGGUGCUCAAAUAAUGAUAACAACAACUUACUUCCAUUUUUGGGUUUAGGCAUUGCACAGGAAGCUGAAUGUUUGCUGUUCUUGAUUUACCCAGAACCUUUAAACAAAUAUCCUCUUCAAAUUUAUA